AUGUCGGAUCUAGAGAAUCACGAAGAAAUAACCGAACAAAUAGAAAAUUUCGGCAAAGACGAGGUGGAAUUGAAAUUAGGCAGUACUUUUAGUAACACAAAGGAUUUAUCGAUAGAUUUAUCUUUUCGCAGACUUGUUUACGAUUACAAUAAAAUAGAUUUUUCAAAGCCAGCAGAGAUGGAACUAGGUCAAGGCGAAGAAAAAUGCGUUGAUUAUAAUUAUAAUGUUGGCACAGACGGAGAUUACGGAUCUGAUAUUGAAUUUGAUGAUUAUGAACGUCAAUUUGAAACAUCGAUGCAAGAUGAAGAUCAGGGUGAAUUCGCUGAUGAAUUUGAUGCAAAUGCUGAAGACAUUGAGGAUGAAUUCAUAGAAGAAUAUAACGGAAAUGGUAUAACAAAUGGAAUACAUGAUGAAAAUGGGUAUGAAGGAGGAAAUAGUGAGGAUGAAUUGAUGGAUGACGAUGCUUUUGUGGAAGUUGAAAACCCAUUACAACCUUCCGCUCUUGGAGUCACAAAUGUACUCGACGAAGAGAUAAUAAAAAAUGAUACAGAAUCCUCAGGCACUUCAUCGGGAAGUAGCUCGUCUUCUGUAUCAGGAUCUGAAUCAGGAGAUGAUGAUGGAUCAGAUUCUACGGGCUCGGAAUUAGAAUCAGAUCUCGACCUCAAAAACUUGGAAGCUGAUUUAGAGGCACAAUUAACUGAAGCACCCAAUGAUGACAUAGUGAAAACGAAUGGCGUAAAUCGAAAGACAAAUCCUUCAUCCGGCAGACCAGGGGGACCUAUAUCAUUGACAGAAUUAUUUGGUGGAACAG